AUGUCUGACAUCACCGAGACUAAGCCCGACCCCGCCAUCUCUGCCUCCGAGACCACUGAGCAGACCACCACCGCCACUAGCGAGGGUGAGAAGUCUACCACUGAGACCGUUGCGGAGACUGUCGCUACGACCGCAGAGAAGGCUGCCGACACUGCUAAGGAUGCCACCGUGAAGACCUCCGACAGCAUGUUCUCCAUGUUCGGUGGUGGCCCCAAGAAGGAGAAGAAGGAGGAGGCCGAGGAGCCUACUGAUGAGCCCUCCGGCUCUUCCAAGGCCCAGAAGGCCAACGAUGAGGAUGAAGUUGAGGAGUCCGUCGAUGUCCACUUCGAGCCCGUGAUUCGCUUGACCGAGAAGGUCGAGACCAAGACCAACGAGGAGCUUGAGGAGCAGACCUUCAAGAUGCGCGCCAAGCUGUUCAAGUUCGACCGCGAUUCUAAGGAGUGGAAGGAGCGCGGUACCGGUGACGUCCGUCUGUUGAAGCACAAGGAGAACCAGAAGACCCGCCUAGUCAUGCGCCGCGAUAAGACCCUCAAGGUCUGCGCCAACCACUACAUCGUCCCCGACAUGAAGUUGAGCGCCAACGUCGGCAGUGACCGCAGCUGGGUCUGGAACGCCGCCGCCGAUGUCUCUGAGGGUGAGCCUGAGGCUCAGACCCUUGCCAUCCGUUUCGCCAACAGCGAGAACGCCAACGCCUUCAAGGAUGCUUUCGAGACCGCCCAGGUGGAGAACGAGAAGCUCUUCAACGCCGAAGAGUAA